CUAGUGCGUUGGAUGCGUCACGUUGCCCAAGGUCAUGACGCUGUGCCUCAGUUGAAAGGGUUUAGGACAAAGGCUUUUUUUUUCUCACUUUUUGUGUAGUCUAUUUGGGGACUUACCUGUGCAAUUUAAUAAAUAUGGAGACAUCGAAAUCAGAGGGCACAGUUACAUGAAUGUUUUCAAAAUGACAAGAAAAACAUUUUCAGGUAGAAAUGGAAUAGUGACAGCAAACGAUGUUAGUGAACCCUGACUACUGCAUUGAAUAUAACCUAGUGCAACUCAUCCCCGCCACGGCUCUGUAGCUGUUGUGAAACUUGCGCAGUCCAGGUUUCAUUGCGUCAGAAUCAACUUGAAAGAUUAAAAUAAAAGCACGGGGGUUACAUACCUGAAUUUCCAUACAUUUGCCGUUUGGCGUUUUCUCUCAAUUAAAAUAACAAUGAUUGGAUUCUUUUUUCUUACACAUCAUCAAAUAAAGAAAUGUACAAAAGUUUAUGUCAUUUCACUGCACCUGCAACCUUCCUGUGCUUCACUGCUAAGAGAGUGCGCCACGCACGUGACGAGCGCAUCCACCCGCGCACAAAGAAAGCGCUUAUCAGACCAGCGCACACUCUUAAAUAAUAAGACAUGCAAAUAAGAGCGCAAAGUCCGCUGCAGUGUGGACAGUGUGACGGCUGUGCGCGCGAGCAGUGCGCGUAACCGCUCCGCGCCGGUUGGGCUGGAGCGGUGAUUGUGGAGAAGACCCGAGAGUUUUGGUAAACCCGCAUCGUGGAUGAGGAACGCAAGUGAGAAGGGCCUGCUACGCGACUGUGCCAUCGGACUAUGCCUUACCCAGCUCUGGAGGAGAGCAACAGGCAAAGCAUAGGGCGGGAAAGCGCAAGGCGACAAGGAGAGGGGAGCAGGCGGGCGUCUCGUGUGCGCUCCGGAGAUGGAGAUGACAAAUCGCAGCCUGCACGGCGACUCCAAAGUCGACUGCGUGAGCUGCGAUGGCCUGAUCAGCCGAAACCGUGGGGACUCCGCAGACGUGUCGGUGCCACUGACACUCCCCGGGAAACGGACAACUCACAUGGAGGGAGACGACCUUUACAGACUCCGAGACAGAAAAUUAUUACUGGAGGAUAAAAAGCGUCUGUGCGCGUGGACUCUGGGCACCGCUCUCUUUGGGAUACUGCUCAUGAUAAUCCACGCAGAAAUAUGUCCCUAUGUUUACACUCCGCACAUGCCAGUUCCACAUGUGGAAAAAAGUUACGACACGUGCUGCAGAACAUCAGACCACAUCCAUGCUGUGAAGUCAGGGAUUGAUCAUGCUGUCAGAGAGUCUCACAUUUCUAAUGCACACCAGGGCUCAAACAUUGCAUUGAUCAUCAACUGCUCCAUCAGCCUGUCAACUGGGUGUCUUCUGAUCCUCAUUAUAGCUUUCCAUUAUAAGGACAUCCAGCUGUUCAUCAUUGACCACAACCAGGUGGACUGGCGUAUCGCCAUGACCAGCCACAGGAUUAUUGUCAUCACCCUGGAGCUGUUAGUUUGUGUUAUCCAUCCUGUUGGAUCAUACUGGGGGGUGGGCCUCCAUGUGAACUCCUCUUCCACCGUUCCCACUCCAUCUCCACUGUGUGUUUCCAGCCACCACGGCGAGACCCUGAUGGACAUGGAGCUGCUGUUAUCAGUGCUGAUGUUCCUCCGCUUGUACUUGGUGCACAGAGCCAUCUUGCUGCACAGCAAAGUGCUGCUGAGUGCCUCCUACAGGAGCAUAGGCUCACUCAACAAUAUCAACUUCACCUUUCGCUUUGUUCUCAAGGUACUGAUGAACAAACACCCAGCACGCAUGCUGCUAGUCUUCAUCCUGUUCUUCUGGCUCACUGUGUCCUGGAUGCUUACACUGUGUGAGAGGCAGACCAAAGAAUCAACAGGCCAUAUGGAUACAGCGCUGUGGCUCAUAGCCAUCACCUUCCUCACAGUUGGCUAUGGGGAUGUGGCACCCAAAACCAACUGUGGCAAGGCAGUGUGUCUCUUCACUGGAGUCAUGCUGAAAAGUGGAAAACAGGGUGUUGCCUGCACCGCCAUGCUGGUUGCAAUCGUUACAGAGAAGCUGGCGCUGAACAAAGGAGAGAAACAUGUGCACUUCUUCAUGAUGGAUAUCCAGAUUUCUAAAAGGAUUCGCCAUGCUGCUGCUAAUGUGCUAAGAGAAUGCUGGCUUCUUCAUCGUGCAAACGUGACAAAGGGCAACCGCGGUGAGCACAGAAAACACCAGAGAUGCCUUCUGGAAGCCAUCAGAGUAUUUCGGCAUUUACGCCUUAAACAAAGAAAACUAAGAGAUUACGUCAGUGAGAUGGUGGAUCUCCCAAAGAUGCAGAUGAUUAUGUGCGACCUCAGUGCCAACUGGAAUAACUCCUAUCGGGAGCUGGAGCAGCGAAUCCUCUCCAUGGAGCAGAAGCUGGACGAGCUGAGUCGCUGCUUCCAACAAACGUCUGAUCUGCUGUCUCAGGUUGUACGUCACCGCAACCCAGAGAUCAGGUGACACGACUGCACGCAGUUGUUAAAAACAGUCCGUAGUGUUUUCAUCUGAAGUAUCCACGAAUCCUCUCCAACCAGAGCUGCUUUAGACUCUUUAACAUGCUGAACCACUUGGAGGACUGGCAUACUCACUAAAGAUCAUCUUUUGGCCCCAUUCUGAGUGUACUGCACAGUGACUCACUGCUGUUAAAUUAUACAGAUAAAAUAAGACCUAAAUUCACUGCUGGGAAAUCCGAGUGCAUUUUCAGGAAAUCUGCUGGGUUUUCAAGCAAAAGGAUUGGUGACAGAGCCCAAGAACUAACCUGAUCUCAGUCAAGGACUGUGGAGGAUCCUUUAAUCUGCAAUAACAACAUAUCUGUAAACUUCUAUUUUCAAGAUAUUAUUGAUGCUCUACAUUCCUAGCUUAUUCCUGUGGAAUAAGCCAUUUUGCAUGUUUUAAUUUUUGCAGUAUUUCAGUGUUAAUCCAACCAUUUUCCAUCAUCUGAGACACACGGUGUCUCAAUAAUUCAUCACUGUUGUGCUCUCCUGUAGCCGUUUAAGUAAAUCUUGAAUGAAAAUGUGUUUAACGGUAAUAGACUUUGGUGAGUGAAGAGAAUGAAGUGAAUGUCAAAUUAAACUUGAUGAAAAGAAAGUUUUAUUGCAAACUCUAAGUCGAAGGGAUCCCAUGACUAUUAACUGAAACUUGCAGACUUGCGUCGGCCACAGUUUGACGGAA